AUGGAUUCCAAGCAAGUCUUCAAAGCAGCUGGCUUCCUCAUCUUGGCGGUCAUCAGCAUUCCUGCCAAUCUGCUCGUCUGUAGCGCCUUCUUGCACUCCUUACUGACGGAAGGCAAAUUGGUGACCACUGACAUCAUCUUGUGCAACUUGGCCUUUGCAAACCUGAUGGUGACGUUCACACGAGGCAUCCCACAGACAUUGACUGCCUUUGGUUAUAGAAACUUGUUUGAUGACAUUGGGUGCAAACUGAGUCUCGUGUGCUUUCGUAUUUUUCGAGGUCUCUCCAUCAGCCUCACUUGUCUCCUCAGUGCCUACCAGGCUAUAGUAAUCUCCCCAGCAUCCUCCAAGCUUGCCCUGCUAAAACUUCAGAUCCCCCAAUACCUCAUGCACACCAUAGCUUUUCUGUAUGUGCUCUGGUAUGCUCUCAAUGUUGAUGUGGUCUUGUAUUCAGUGUCCUCCCUUAUGAACAAUACAGUUCCUCCUUACACUUUUAAUUUAGAGUACUGCUUUGUCAUCUACCCAGAUUAUGUCAUUUUGUACAUUGAAGGACUAAUCAGUCUCUUUAGUGACCUUGUGUUUAUACUGUUAAUGACCGUAAUGAGUGUGUAUAUCCUGCUUCUUCUUUAUUACCACAGCAAAAAAGUCAAGAGCAUCCGGAGCUCAGAUCGCAAGUCAGGACAGACACCGGAAACUAAAGCCUCCCGAGCUGUGGUCACCUUGGUCAUCCUCUACGAUAUCUUCUAUGGGAUCGACAACGCCAUUUGGGUUUAUUCUCUGACUGUUGUGAGAGUGGUGCCACUUUUAUCUGACAUUCGAAUCUUUUUUGCAACCCUCUACACGUCAGUGUGCCCCAUUGUGGUCACUGUCACCAAUCCUAAGGUUAGAAACAAAGUAAAAUUGGUCAGACCAGAGAGACCAGUUCAUACAGCAGACAGCAGCCUUCAAGCAAUAUAG